CCAGACAGGGAUGUGAGGAGCUUUUGGGAAGCCCCAGGGCACCGUGGCCAGAGUCCACAUUGACCAGGUCAUCAUGUCCAUCUGCACCAAGCUGCAGAACAAAGAGCAUGUGACCGAGGCCCUGUGCAGGGCCAAGUUCAAAUUCCCUGGACGCCAGAAGAUCCCCAUCUCCAAGAAGUGGGGCUUCACCAAGUUUAACGCAGACGAGUUUGAAGACAUGGUGGCUGAAAAGCGCCUCAUCCCAGACGGCUGUGGAGUUAAAUACAUCUCCAACCGCGGUCCCCUGGACAAAUGGCGGGCCUUGCACUCCUGAGAGUCUCAGAGGUGUCCCUUAAUCAAUGAAAAUAAGUCAAGAUCCUGCUUAAAAAAAAAAAAAAGCACUGGAUUCUUGAGAAUAAGGCCCUGAACUCUAUUCCUGGCGCCACAUGUGCCACCAGAGUGAUGCUCUGGUUCAUUCUCUCUCUCUUUUUCCCCCAAGCACUGCUCAGCUGUGGCUCAUGGUGCUGGGGAUUGAAUCUAGGGCUCUGGAGACUCAGCCAUGAGAGUCUCUGCAUCUCCAGCAUGCUGGAUAGCCCCCGACCAUAAAUAAAUCUUUUAAAAAG